AUUUUAAAUAGAGUGUGCAGGCAGGAAGAGGAAUUGACGAUACACGUAGAAGAAGAGAUGGAUUGCUUACACGAGGGUUUGAAUGAGGUGACUGCCGUCCUUUAGUUCCGACUGAUGGCGGGUUUUACAUGCCAGUAAGUAGUUCUUUACAAUGAAAAGGUCGGAGUAAAGAGCUAGCGGGUGAACGGCACCAGCUUAUGAGAAGCAUGGCGGAGGUAGCUAGCUAUUCCUCGCUCGCAGCGUGCGUGUUGACAGGAGCAGCACCUGCCAAGUCUGCUCAUGCUAACCCCCUUAAUCCGGGUGUGACGCGCAGAGCUUGCGGGUGACAACAAGACGCGAGAAGCCAACUCCAAAAGCUGGUGAGCCGGUGGGAGACCUCCGCGUCUUCUUAGGCUAGACUAAGCCGCAAAUACGACUGGGAGGACGCUGACCGCUAGCAACCGGAGAGGCGCGAGGUGGAUAGCUUCACUAGCAGCUUUGUGGUGCCAGAAGACUGGACGGGACAAGGAAAACAGCAGCUAAAGGGGGACGCGGCGCGACGCCUGUGAAGUGGCCGCACGCCGUGUGUAGUCAGGAGCCGAGUAGCCGCUCUCCCCCCUACACACACCCCACCGCCCAACUUCUCUCUCUUGAGUUUUCUGUCUCCCCUGUCUAUCGAUCACUCUUCCCCUCCCCCCAUCUCAUAAUCGAUUGCUUUCCUGCGACUCUGUUGCCACCUCUAUCCACCCCUCGGCCACAUCCAGGCGGUGUACGGCCAAGGCGUUGUCACGUGUGCAUAUUGUUUCCGUGAGGCAUCCUCAUCAAUGGAAGUUACUUCCUGCGCUGGUCGGCUACUGCUUGCCCAUCCUGGGUGCAGCGCGAAGUUUGUCUGCUGCAGCUAGUAGUGAAAGUUGACCGCGCCUUUCUCCUCUCCCCCUCCUCUCUGGUGAGCAACAAGUUGGCUGGCUUCCUGACUUGUUGCUCUCAGGUCACCGGGUGACGAGUUUUGUUCUGUGCAACGUGUGACUCCAGGAUAGCCUGCAUCAGUGUCACAAUUCUCUUUUUUCCAGCCAGGCGUCUUUCUUCGAGGACAAACAGUCGAACAUCUUUCUGUGAGAACAAAAAGUAUCCUAUCUACAUUUUUUCUCUCUUCCUUUUAGAGAUCUGAUUAUCGUUGCGGGGUGACGCCGAGAGUGGAGUUAUUUUCACGGCAGGUCUUGUAGAGGAGCUAUGAUGUGUGAGGGAGCUGCGGAGAGGAUGGUGCGUCUAUCUAGGAGGCGGGAGGUGAAGAGGCCGGCGGGACGCCCGGCUCCGCGGUGUGGGACGCUAUGUAGAGGACGCGCGCUUGGCGCGGGCAGGUGCGGGUGAGAUCAGGCUCUACGAAAGACGGCAAUGAUGUCGCGGAGGACGAUGUGAACGAAUGCCCAGAUGACGCAGCAGGCGGCGAAGAGGCCCAGUUCGCACGCGCUUUACCUCCGACGGCAAAAGAAUCGCAAGUUCAGCUUCAACCUUUUUAGGUAUGGGACGCUGUAUCGGAAGCUGAGGAAGUGGGAGAGUAACUACAUCCUUCAUCACAAUCCUUUGGAAGAUCCGGAGUCAACGUAUCUAAGCUUUGCCAACCCUAACUACUGCUUUGAGGACCAGGUCAACUUCAACCUGAAAGAGGCGACUACCAACAACGGUCAUCUGACGAUCGACAAACUCUCACUCAACAGCGACGAUAUCCAUCCGGCUGACCACCAAGACUACCCUAACAGCGACUACUCAUCAGCGGAAGCCACGCCUUCCAGCCCCGACCGUUCCUUUAUUCUACGGAAGCUGAACUCUUCCGGAGACGAUGAUGACGAGGACGACGAUGACACUGAUGUCGAUGAUGACGAUGACUCCAGCGUCGUCGAGGAUGACGACGACGAGAUGCAGCACAACCUGCUCAGCAGCAAGGAGGAUGUGCGGGAGGAGGCGGUGUACGUAGGCGGCCGCGGCGGGGAGGGGAGCAAGAAAGGGCGAGGCAUCUUGGGAUAUCUGGCCAUGCUGGAGGCGCAGGCUAGAGAGCGGGAGGCGGACGUCAGCCACCCGGGCUCCCCGGAUGAAGAAGUGGAAGACACCCUGGACUCCCCCACCACGAAUGUGGAGGUUGACAAGGCACCAGUCGUGUCUAAGGAUAAAGGGCUACUGAAAGACAAGUUUGAGGAGACAGAUAUUAACUCCCCUGACUCCAACGAUAGCGGCAUCCAGUCGGACGCGCGCUCAGACGAUGGCGUGUCGCACGUGCACGGACCGGUCACCGCUGAGCCGUACGCCGUCGUGGACAAGAAGGCCGACCACAGCGCCUACACGCCGGACACGCCGGACAGCGUGUAUGAGGAAGGUGAGGUGGAUGCAGAGAGAAGGAAUGUCAAAAACGCCGACGCACUUCCACCUGGCUGGCAGAAACACGAGGACGAGGACGGCCCCUACUACUGGCACAUCAAGAGCGGCACCAUACAGCGAGACCCCCCGCCCCCGGCUCCGCCAGAUGGACCCACCGUGUGCACAGCGCCCGUCCGUUCCAUCUCACUGAACAGCGACACGAGUUCGCAGACGGCAAGUUCUGUGCCCUCGACCCCUACCAGUGUUACGUCUAACACAGAGCGCCAUCUGCAGGAGUUCGAAGGGCAUGCUCUUCAGUAUGCAGCCAAGUCUCUUCAGUCUCUGGUGUCGCAACCCGAGCGCCGCCUAGUGGACCCGGAAAGUGACGUGCGCGGGGAAGGCGCAAUCCGUUUCGCCGUGCGCUCCCUGGGCUGGGUGCGCAUCGCGGAGGAGGACCUGACCCCGGAGCGCAGCAGCAAGGCCGUCAACAAGUGCAUCGUCGACUUGUCGCUGGGCCGCAACGACAUCAACGACGCCGUCGGACGUUGGGGCGAUGGCAAGGAUCUGUACAUGGAUAUUGACAGCAGCAGUCUUCGCCUUCUAGACCCCAGCGAUGGUACUCUGCUGAAUUCCCAGCCUAUCCAUUCCAUCCGGGUGUGGGGUGUUGGUCGAGACAACGGCAGGGAGAGGGACUUUGCCUACGUAGCACGUGACCGCAUGACACGCAUGCACAUGUGUCACGUAUUCCAGUGUGACACUCCUGCACGUCAGAUUGCCAACACACUGCGUGACAUCUGCAAGCGUAUCAUGCAGGAGAGAGGCCUGCAGCCAGCCCAUCCCACCACUCAGCGCAGACCAACUGACUUGCCCAACUUGGAGAAGCUGGGUCAGCCCCCAGGGUCCACUCCCCCAUCCUCCCUCUUUAACAGUUUUGAUUUGGUGCAGCUCUUUCCCACCCCAAUGGAGGAACCCCGCAAGGUACUGCGAUGUCAUUACCUGGGUUCGCAUGAAGUGAUUCGACCCACAGGUGUGGAUGUUUUGAACGAGGCCAUAGACUGGAUGUACUACCAUAUGCCACCCGAAAAGUGGACCUUCGUCAAUGUGGCUGUUGCUCCAUCCACAAUAACAAUAACAGAGCAUGGGAACCCUGACAACAUCUUGGAGGAGUGCCGGGUACGCUUUAUGUCCUUCAUGGGUAUCUCAGUCAGCAGUGUCAAAUUGUGUGCAUUUAUCAUGCACACGGCCCAGAACAAGUUCCUGGCCCAUGUGUUCCAUUGUGAGCCAUCUGCUGGGCCCCUGUGCAAGACCAUUGAAGCAGCUUGCAAGCUGCGCUAUCAGAAGUGUUUGGAUGCACAUCCACAGACGACCAAGCCAACACACAAUGGCAAGAGUGUGAGCGCCAUGUUGAAGGCAGGUGUGAAGGCAAGCAUGCAGGGUGUACAGACUAUAUUUGGCUUGAUAAAGAACAAGGCUGCUGCUCCCAGUAGCAGUAACUCCUGACCCAGGCCUCACCUAGGAACACAGCUGAACAGUAAGCGUGCAUUCACAGCGGUUGAGUCAGAGCCUGAAGCAGAGCGUGCAGUGCGUGUGGGGCUCGGUGGCCCAGCUUGUCUCUCCCAAAUAAGUCUUCACAACACUGCAAAGCACACUUGGAGAGAAUUGUAGAUGGGCACCGAGCAAGCACAUUCACAUCUUUGACAUUUAACAAUGAACAAGGCAGUGACCUGUAAGAGAUACUCUACAUCCUGUCCGUCUUCGGCAGGCUUACGGGGGCUUAGACAUGCAUAGCUGCUGGACAGCCUUCUGUUUUCUAGAUUGUGGAUAGCUGGACAGCUCUUUUAGUUUCUUGUGGCUUUGUGUUAUAAUGGUCUAUGUAGAAAGCUAUGUCUCCCGCAUUGCUCUGUGUAGAGAAAAAAAACAACUGAGAUGUAUAGCUCAUUUAUCCUGUGGAGGCAUUAAUAGCUUGGUUGUGGCUUGUUAUUUUGAGUUUAAAUCUUGUGGAGGUAGCAAACUUGAUGAACAACCAUUUGUCUUCUAGUAUCAUAAGAUCCUUUGUAUUUUUGGUCAGUUUUACAGCUUUCAUUUUAAAUGGAUCAUUUGUACUUAAUUUUGAUGUUUAAGCAGUUUUGCAAAAAUGUAGGAUCAUGUUGACAAUAGCUUUAGCGCUUAUUUCAAGACAUGAACUGUGUGGUGAAGGUUAUCAACUUUAGUUACCCAGUCGAAAAGAAAAUGUUACAGAAUAACCCAUUUAUCCGCUAACCACUGUUAGCACCACCACCAAUCACCAUUACAGUCACAAGUUAGUAGUCUUACACCUUAUGGACUCAUGUCUUUCUUUCCUAGUAAUCAUGCCUAGUUUUAUACAUGGAUUUUAGACAUUGAUUUUUCUUUUUUUAAUGAGGUGGCAUCUGUACAGUAUUUUGUACACAUUGAUUUAUGGUGAGGGAUAGAAAAAAAAAAUUGGUGGAUUUUUUCCCCUGCAAAUUAUUUUAUAUCUAAAAUUCUGGAUAGGAUGUCAUGUCUUUUAGAAGAAAAUGAGUAGUUUAUGUAUCAAGGUGUUUUGUGUGUGCUGCUUGCUGAUCUUUGCUAAAGCACAGUAAAAUAAAUGAUCUAAAAACAUUUUUCCCAUUAAAAAAUGGGGCAGUGGAAUGUGAGGGGUCUCAUCAUGAAAGGUGACAGAAAUGUUAGAUGUGGAUAAGGGAUUUGUUAUAAAUUUAACGAAGGUUAUCAUGUUGGACAGUAAGGUAGCUAUUAUAUCUACUCUGUCUCAGACAUACAUUAUACUUCAUGGAAAAGAUUUGUUACCAACCUGCCUGUAAUCUUAGGAGAUAUUUAUCAGUUUAAAACUAACUCAUAGCCCUGUUAAAAAUAGUAUUUUACUGCUUACAGCUUAUAAUUAACUCUUUUAGUUCUAGGGGUAAAAAAGUCAUUUGUAUCAUAUUGAACAUAGCUUGUAAAAAAAGUAGUGGCUUUUUAAAGCCCAAAACACGCACUGUGAUAGUUUAUCGAUGGCAUUUGAUUUUCUAAAAGUUACAUGCAACAGCUCCUAUGUUACAAUCAUUUUUUUUAAGAGGUGGCACAGCAGGUAACGUUGAGAGCAGAAGGACAUUUGUACAGAAGGGCAUUAGUUUUUGUGAAAAUGAGGCUGUUUCUGGCUGCCACAACUCACUGAGCAGCAGAACAUUUGUGAUGAAGUGUGUGGUUUGUACAGAGAUAGCACCAGCAUAUGCUGCCAUUCCUUAAGUUGCUUGCAAGUCUAGCAUAUAGUCUUCUAUAAUUCGUCGUGUUUUGUAUCACAUUUUUAUACAUACAGAUGUGCUUUUCAUGUCUCUUCUACUUAGCAUUCAUCAUGAUGAACCAUGCAAAAUGCAUUCCUGUUUUGUCCAAUAGAAUGCAGAGUUGAUGUUUUCUAUGUGCAGAGUAACUUUGCUGUGUUUUACAAUCAUGUGCGGUUGUAGUGAGGUAAGCUAUCUCUAUUUGUGACAACAAGACUCAGCAGUGAGACUAUUGCCUGCAUUUCAACCUGUUGUCUUCACAUUUAGUCAUUAGCUGCCAGAUGAAAUUCAUCUUUCUCGAAAUAGGGAGUCUGCUGGAGUGAACAUCAAAGUUUCAUCCCAGUUAGAGGAAGAGUAUUCUGAAAGCCGAAUAGCAGAAAAGGAAGUUCCUAGCAGCCUGCACGACUGAUGACAUUUCAUGAAUCAGGUUGUGACAUUUGCGUGCGGUGUCUGCUUCUGCAUGAAACAUUGGGACCUUUUGCUGCUCUCUUGGUGCAGGAGAGUGUAAGGUUAUAUGAUGUGCAAUAUAACAAGCAUUUAACGCCUCAUUUAGACCCCCACCCAUGCCAAAGAACAUCGUCCCUCUACAGCUGUCUUAUGUUGACGCAUUUAGCAACAUCGUUACUAUUUGGCUCUACUAUUAAAGAUGUGACAAGAAAAUUAUAACAAAACUCUGUGCUCUGCAUCAUAUUAACAAUUUUAAUUUUAUGUCGUAUUACCUGUUUUACUUCAUCAGAGGUGCUGAAACAGGGUAAUUUUUGCAUUUGUCAUUCAAGUUUUAGAGUUUGAUCAUUUUUAUACCAUAUUAAAUGCUUCUAUUUAACAUCAAAUAUCAAGUAUUGGGUGUAUAUUAACAGAAAAAAGCAUAUGCAACAGUGAUCUUAAAAAAGGAUUUUUCUGGCUUACUGAUCAGCAAGAAUACAAUGCAUUAUGUUUGUUACAUAUCAGCAUCAGUUUGAAUGUAUUCUUAAAGGUGCAGUGGUUCAGUUUUUUCCCAUAUCCAUUCAAAUUUUUCAUCUGUUCCAUGAUAAAAGUUUUGAAGUUGUUUACUGGCUAUAUUGCUGUGCAGUUCUCACUUGAAAUCUCGUUUUUAGGCUUCAAAGUAUUAACAUUCUAAGCAAAACCACAAUACCUUUACUUCAUUUUCUGUUUCAAAAUGUUGUCAUGAAUGUUUAUAAGAUUAUGGAAUAUUUUGUUUGCACAUUCCCGUCCUUUGUGUAUAGUGGUAGUCAUGGAAAAGAGGAAAUGAGACAUUUAGGACACAGCGGAUUUUAAAACUACCAUCGAAGAACUAGUUCACAGGUGUAAUCCUAUUGGUAGAGGAGCAUUUCCAAUGUGGGAUUUCAUUUCUAGUCUUCAUGGUAACGUAUGAUGGUUUUGGCAAAGAAAAUGGUCAGUUGAUAAACAGGUUUUUGUGGUGAUAUUACUCCCCUCGUCUACCAGGGGUGAACCGUUUCUGUUGGCUGUUUGAAAUCUCACAAAUAAUUGCCUUGCUUUGAAGUGUAGUAAAUGUUCCCUUACUUUCAUUAGUUCCAGUUUUUAAAUAUGCUUUUUUUUUUUGGACACAUGGACAAACUUGGGACCCAGAUUUAUAAUUAAAAACUGUUGCAGUCCUUUUCUUUAAGUUUUCUGUAUCUGUGUACCACAUUUUAGCUUUAUAUGUGUGCAUUUAAAACAUUUAAGUUCACCAGCAGCUACAAACUGUGCUUGCUUUGUACAGUUAAAGUACCUGUAUCACAUUCUUCUACCAGGAGAGUUUGAAAGGCGAUUUUUCCAAAGCACAUCAGCUUACAAUGUGCAGCUUGGAGUGUUUGUCAUUUGUUUGUACAUCCUGCAGCUGUGCAUCAUUGCCACUUCAUAUUCGGCAGUGUUUGUAGCAGGCAUGGUACGAAUAACCUUAAUAGUGAGAAAAGGAGGCUCUAAUAUGAUUAGAACCUGGUUUAAAGUUUGUUUUUUUAAAUCUGCAUUCUGCUGUGGACUAAAUUAUUUUUGUUGCAGCACAACUGAAAAAGAUCCCAUUGUUGUACCCAUAGAUUUUUUUGGUGAUAAAAAUCCAAGUGAUAUUGCAUGAAUGCUUUAUUGGUUUCUAAUAUACGCAGUAUAGAAAUAAAACAUGAUCUAUGAUUUUUUUCCCCCAUAUAUUCUGGCAAAGGGCAACAUGCAAACAUUUUGCAUUUGCACAACUGAUUUGGUGUUCCUGCAAAUUGACUGAUGGAACAUCCAGAAAAGCCCUUAACCAUAAAUUCUGGUUAAGGCCAUUUUUAGAGAAGAAAUUAUUGUUGUAAUUAAUCCCUCUCACCUUUUGUAUUUGAUGAAAUUAGAAUCCAAUCCACCUAAAAAAAAUAUGACAGUAUGACUGCACAAUCUUUGUUCCUGCACAUGUUGCAAAUAAAAAGAAAAUGCCAGACAUCUGUGCAUCUUCUUUUUGCACAGAUGAUAACAAAUCAUGUGAAAUAUUGUGGCUUGACUGUCACCAUAUCGAUCGAUUUCUUUGGCUUUUUGAUGGCGUACUUAAAGACACAAAUAAAAUGUAUGCAAACUAAA